UAUAGUAUUUUGCCUAUAUGUACAGCGAUUGCGAGGCAGCCGAACAAUAAACCCCGCCGAGACCCAACCCCCUAUUUACACCUCGUCACUUGCCAAGUUGACAUCGCCUCCGGGCAAGGCCCAUCAAGCUUCGUCGCUCCUCCGUUACUUCCGCCCAUGGCCAAGCGACUCUUCCACUCCUGCCGCUCGCCGUCUGCCGCAGCCGCGGUCAGCCCCACGACGACACUCCUCCCGACAGCUCACCCGCCCGUUGUUCCGGCUCCAUCGGGCGGUGCGUGCUGCCCGCGCCGCGUGCCUCGGCGGGGGCGGGCCCAGACACCUGCAGCCUGUGGCGCCGGGGGCUGCACCGUCGACUACGGCGCCGACGACCUCCCUCCGGCGCGUGGAACGCCAGCGUACCGCUGGCUGAAGAGCUCCCGAUGGCACGUCAUCGAGGCCGCCAACGCGUACGCCUCCGACGGCGACGGCGACGACACGCCCCGCCUGAAGAUCGACGCGCGGCGCCGGGUGCGGCACUCGCGCCGCCGCCGCCGCCGCAGGGUGCUCCACCGGAGGCUGGCAGGCCCGGCGAGCUGGUCGUCGGGCGACAGCGGGUGGUUCAGCAGCGACGACGACGAGCCGUUCGGCGCGGGGUCGGCGCUGCACGUGGCGGCGUCGUCGAGCACCACAACGGAGUCCUCGUCGACGGGCGCGAGACAGAACAGCGCCGGCGCCGCGAGGGGGGAGGGGGAGGCUGCGGCCGCGUCGCUGGCCGGGGGCUUCGCGGUGGUGAAGCGCUCCGACGACCCGCGCGCCGACUUCCGGCGGUCCAUGGCGGAGAUGGUCGUGGGCCGCGGCAUCUACGACGCCGACGGCCUCGAGCGCCUGCUCCGCUGCUUCCUGGCGCUCAACGACCGACGCCACCGUCCCGACAUCGUGGCGGCGUUCGGCGACGUGUGGGAGGCCGUCUUAUCCGACCUGCCGUCGCAGUCCCACUCCCACGGCACCGCUGCCGCUGCCACCUCCGCCAUGUCUCACCCCUAGAGGCCUAGACUAGCGUGCUCAUCGACAUCAUCGUCAUUGCGCUCGCGCGCACGUAGGUCUAUUCCAUUAGGUGAAGCAACUACUCUAUUAUAUGUAAAAAAAUGCGAUUAUAAUGUUCACGUAAUGCGGCUGUAAAUUAAGCUUUCUUGUGCGGGUUUGCGGCACCGGCUCCUUUCGGCCUUCUCCUGCUGCAUGUUUCAGUUCACCUGUGGAAAAUCUGUGUCAACACGACACGACCCUGGUGUCUGAGACUGACCUGAUGUGAUGUGACCUGGAGUGAGUGUAUGACACUAUUUCUCGA